CGCGGCCCCCGCCCCGCCGCCGCGCCGCCGGGGGAAUGCCGGGCGCCCGCGCGGGGGUGCCGGCCGGCAGUCGGUGGCGCCCCGCCUCGCGCAGCCCGCCUCAGGCCCUGGGGGAGUCUCCCAGGGAGACGAAGGGCGUGCAGAAAUAGAGCCCUGCAAGGUGGUGGAAGUGGUAGACGGCUUUUCUUUCUGCACAGCACGGCGGCCGGCUCAGCAUCAGAACACACUCAUCUUAGACUUGAACAUGGCAUCCUCCAAGAAGGUCACGCUCUCAGUGCUCAGCCGGGAGCAGUCAGAAGGAGUUGGAGCACGUGUCCGCAGAAGCAUUGGCCGACCUGAGUUAAAAAAUCUGGAUCCGUUUUUACUGUUUGAUGAAUUUAAGGGCGGUAGGCCAGGUGGAUUUCCAGAUCACCCACAUCGAGGUUUUGAAACGGUGUCUUACCUCCUGGAAGGGGGCAGCAUGGCCCAUGAAGACUUCUGUGGACACGUUGGUCAGAUGAACCCAGGAGACCUGCAGUGGAUGACUGCUGGCCGGGGCAUUGUGCACGCCGAGAUGCCUUGCUCAGAAGAGCCAGCCCAUGGCCUCCAGCUGUGGGUUAAUUUGAGGAGCUCAGAGAAGAUGGUGGAGCCUCAGUACCAGGAACUGAAAAGCCAAGAAAUCCCUAAACCCAGUCAGGAUGGAGUGAUAGUGGCUGUUAUUUCUGGAGAGGCCCUAGGAGUAAAGUCCAAGAUUUACACUCGCACACCAACCUUAUAUCUGGACUUCAAAUUGGAUCAAGGAGCAAAGCAUUCCCAGCCUAUUCCUAAAGAGCUGACGUUUGUCAUGGAUGCGGCGUGUCACCAGAUCAUGUUUUUCUACUUUCUCCAGACAUACAUCCACAAAGGUCAGGGGACGGGUUGUAAAAAUUACGACACAGCCUUACAGUGGAAGGCUGGUAUCCCCGAGGAUGAGUCAUUUCUCUAUGUUUCAACAUGGACAGCUAUGCAAACUGAAGCAUCAGGGUGGACAAGCUUCAUUUAUACCAUAUGUGGAAAUGUGCAUAUUGGGCCUGAUGAUGCACAGCAAAAAAUAGAACCUCAUCAUACAGCAGUGCUAGGGGAAGGCGACAGUGUCCAGGUGGAAAACAAGGAUCCUGAGAGAAGCCACUUUGUCCUAAUUGCUGGGGAGCCAUUAAAAGAACCAGCUGUCCAACAUGGUCCCUUUGUGAUGAACACCAAUGAAGAGAUUUCUCAGGCCAUUCUUGAUUUCAGAAAUGCAAAAAAUGGGUUUGAAAGAGCCAAAACCUGGAAAUCAAAGAUUGGAAACUAGUGAAGAGCACAGGAGCAAUUCUCAGUACUUUCUAGAAGUUUGCCAUUCGUGACAUCCAUUUAUUCACUGCAUCCAGUUUCCAAAGCUGACCUAGCCAGUACUCCUAAAGAAUUCCACACUGAAGUGAUAACAUGGUUUUUAUAGCACUGCAUAAGAGGUAUUUCCUGGCACAUGCAAAUAAACCUAAUUGUUACUUCUUUUCAAA